GGUUGCACACGACAUCAAUAGAGGCAAGGUCCCGGUCUAGCCACUUUCUAGCAUAUCAAGUCGGGUGGCGGCAGGCCUAAGGGUCGAAGCUGGCCUUCCUGAUGUGAGCUGAUAUGAGCCGAUCUGCGCUUGAGUUUAAAUAGGCGAGCGGACCAGCCUCCAGGAUUGCUUCUUGCCUUGCCCGCUUUGUCCUCUUGUCCAACUGAAUCUGCUUUUCACACCGUUCGUGAUGUCUGCCACCCAGGAUAUCCUCUCCGCCAACGCCCAGUAUGCCGCCUCUCGCAAGGCCGAGCAGCUGCCCAUGCCCCCUAGCAAGAAGGUGGCUGUGCUGACGUGCAUGGACGCAAGGAUCCUUCCCGAGGCCGCCCUCGGCAUCAAGGAAGGGCAAGCCCAUGUCAUUCGGAACGCCGGCGGUCGCGCCCCCGAGGCACUCCGCAGUGUCAUCAUCUCGCAGCAGCUCCUCGGCACCGAGGAGGUCGUCGUCGUACAGCAUACCGAUUGUGGCAUGCUGACUUUCACGACGCCCCAGGCCCGCCAACUUAUUGCGACGAACCUCAAGCUCGAUUCGGGCGCGGCCAAGCAGCACCUCGAUUCGCUCGACUUCCUCGACUUUCCCGACCUGGAAAAGAACGUCAAGGCCGACGUUGACUUCCUGCGCACCAACGGUCUGGUCAAGGGUACCAAAGUCCGCGGCUUCGUCUACGACGUCAAGACGGGCGCACUCAAGGAGGUGGCCUGAUAAUUCUGCGCCUCAUCGGUUCUCUCCUUUCUCAUACCCUUUAUGACAUGGAAUCCUGUGACGGGAUGAAGACUCAACAAAUAAGGUCGUACCGGACCAGGUUCUUCUUCACAGAGAGAGGAGAGCGAGCUUGAUGCAAGCGCAUUACGAGUGUCCAUUGGCUGCAAUGUGAGAAUUAUCCCGAAGUAUUG